AUGGAGCAUACGAGGUCGCGUUCUGCGCAAGAUGCAAGCGAAAAGAGACCCAUAUCAGAGGUAAAAACUCCGAGCUACACGGAUUUUGGAGAUCUGACUGACGAACUGGUCAUGAUACUGCUGCAGGGGUUGAGUGCGCAUGACUCUAGCUUAUCAUCUCAUCUGCAACUUAUAGAAUCGCUCAAAGCCGACUUGACAUCACAGAAAAUCUCGCAGAUCCUAGAUAGUGCGCAAAAGCUGGUUGAUGAAUUUGCGAAAUUGAAGACUCAGCUUACAGCUAGCGGGCAGGAAACGACCAGCGAAAGACAGAGAUUGAACGCCAAAGCGCCCAGCGUACUCAACAAGAUGAACGGUAGUAACCCGAAAGUGAAAAUGGUGGAGACGGCGAAAAGCGGAAUGGCAACAGAAAAAGGAACAAGCAAAAAGCGAUCGUGGGACAAUGACUUCUCGGAGGGACUGGAAUCGGGCAUAGACUACACGAUCAAUCAAUCGUCGCGGAAACGACUGAGAACCACGCGAGAAGUAUCCGGAGAGCAUGACGCUGUAGAAGAUUUUGUGCCUGUUGCGCUUCAAAAGGACGACAUUUCGGAUGAGGUUGAGCGGCGAUUGAGACUAAAGGAAGAACGACGGAAGAAAAUGAGUGCCGAGCCGGAGAAGAAGAGGAAACGCGACAGCACUUCGUCGAACAAUGGAAUCGCAAAGAGUAAAACAAAGCGCUCUCGGGAUGUCAUUACUGGGGAAGUAGACGGAUGA